UCUAAUGAAUGCACUGUCAUUUUCACAUUUUGCCUGAAGCUUCAAUCGGUACGUUUCUCUGCAGGGGUUAGUAAUACAGCAACAAAAUGUCCAGCAAAGUCAAAACGAAAAAAUCCUCAAAGAAGCGGGCUCAGAGAGCGACUUCCAAUGUAUUUGCUAUGUUUGAUCAAUCGCAAAUUCAAGAAUUCAAAGAGGCAUUUAAUAUGAUCGAUCAAAAUCGUGACGGCUUUAUUGACGCGGCUGACCUGAAAGAUAUGUUUGCCUCUUUGGGCAAAGAUGUUCCAGAUGAAUACGUGGAGGACAUGUUGAACGACGCCAAUGGCGCCAUCAACUUUACCAUGUUUUUGACUCUCUUUGGAGAGAAACUUAAUGGAACCGACCCAGAGGACGUUAUAAGGAAUGCAUUCGCAUGCUUCGAUGAGGAGCAGUCUGGCACGAUGAAAGAGGAUAAAUUAGUCGAUCUGCUGCAAACUUUAGGCGACAGGUUUUCCGAUGCAGAAAUUGACGAAAUGAUGCACGGGGCUCCAGUAGACUCCAAAGGCAACUUCAAUUAUGUGAAAUUCACAAAAAUAAUCAAGCACGGGAAAGACGACGAUUGAUAAGCCACUGUGAAUAACUCACGCAACAGGGAACUUUUUUUUAAUUUUGUACCCUUCCUAUGUGGGGCCAUGUGUCCUCGGCUUUUUUACAACUGCCACUGUAAAACCACUUUAAUGAAUUGUUUCUUCAGCCUUUCUUCGGAAUGUCACGCAAUCCUUGUUUUUGUGACAUCUCUAAAUCGCUUCAUUGUGUGACUUCUUAAAACAAAACGGGUGCUGGAAAGGUCUUAAGAGUGCAGAGGAAUAUACCUCUACUGCAUGGGACGAAUCAGUUAAGUGCCAAAAAAAUGAAAACUGUGUUUUAUGACCAAAAGUUUUGUAGUUGUUAUUUUGUUCAACCUGUAACCUUAAUAAAUGUUUACAUUUUGUAUUGAG